CAAAGGACAACUAGACGAAUCUACUGGGAUUUGGUUUGGAAAAGUAACAGUUUCAAAGAUGAGAUCGACUUUGGCUGUGGUCUUGGCUCUACUCAUCAGCUCGCCAAAAAGCGCAGACGCAGUGACCCUCCAGAGCGCGUUCCCUCAUCUCAACAGGCCGAACACUCCAAAUGACUCGGAGGGCUGCCUCCAGCCUCCCAUCACUGGACUAAUAUCACGCACGGCCGGAACCGUCUCAACGACCACGGAGGAGGUUCUAGAGUCCAGCCAAGAGGCGCUGUACGUCACGGAGCGUCGGUACCUGCGCACGGACUGGUGCAAGACGCAGCCGCUGAAGCAAACGAUCCGAGAGGAGGGCUGUUUGAGCAGGACUAUUAUUAACCGCUUCUGCUACGGACAGUGCAACUCCUUCUACAUCCCGAGACACGUGUACCAGGACGGGGGCGCAUUUGAGUCCUGCUCCGCCUGUAAACCUAAAACCUACAGCUCCGUCACCUACACUCUGUUCUGCCCCGGGCAGACGCCCAGCACGCGCAAGAAGAGGGUCCAGCGCGUGAAGCAGUGCCGCUGCACCACCAUCAGUGCGGACUAAAGACUAUCUGACUUUUUUAUGUUAAGAGAUUAGUUUGAUACAAAAGUCUAAAGAAUGGGCUAAUUAGAUUUUGUACCACGAAAACAGCCCUUUAGCUGUGUUGCUUCUGAAAAGACAUUUGUCUUUGCAUUGUAGGACUGUUCAGUGUAAAGUCUUGAGCUGCUCCUUUCAGAGCCUCAUACUUUUGUCCGGUAUUGAGGGUCAUGUGCUCA